AUGCUCGAUGGGUCGAGCCCCCAGGCUGGAAAGAUUUGGAAAAAGGCCCACCUAACCUUCCUAUUUGAUGGCAAACGCAUGACGGAAACCUUCCUGAUUUGCAAUACCGGAUCACACGCUGCCAUCUUAGGAAUUAAAUGGUUAGAGAACCACAACCCCGAAAUCGAUUGGAACACGCGCACCCUCUCAUUCCCUCACACGCCCCCGGAACACGUAGCCAUUGCCAAAGAGGAAGAAGCGGACAAGAAUCCUCUUGAAGGAGUACCCCCCGAGUACCAUCAAUAUGCCAAGGUAUUUGGGGAAGAAGAAUUCAAUAAGCUUCCUCCCCACCGGCACUAUGACAUUGGGAUUGAACUUACCAAAGAAGGCCCCCUCAAUUCGCCCCUUUAUAGUAUGACAGACGCCGAGUCCGCCACACUCAAGGACUGGCUCAGGGACGAGUUGAAAGCCGGGAAAAUCCGCCCAAGCAAAUCUUCUAUCAGUUCCCCUGUGAUGUUUGUUCCCAAGAAGGAUGGUUCCCGUCGCUUGGUUGUCGACUAUCGUCGCCUUAACAACAGGACAAAGAAAAAUGUGUACCCGUUACCCCGUCCAGAUGACCUCAUGGCCCAGCUCCGUGGUGCCAAGGUCUUCACUAAGCUAGAUCUAAGAUGGGGUUACAACAAUGUCCGUGUCAAGGAGGGUGACGAAUGGAAAACUGCCUUCCGCACCAAGUAUGGAUUGUAUGAAUCCCUAGUCAUGACGUUUGGUCUAACCAAUGCCCCCGCCGCCUUUCAACAUUUCAUGAACGAACUGUUCAAAGACUUGCUUGAUGUAUGCGUCAUCAUUUACCUUGAUGACAUCCUAAUCUACUCCAAGGAUGACGCGUCACACACUCAGCACGUUCAUGAGGUCCUACGCCGGUUAAUGGAAAACCAGUUGUUCUGCAAGGCUUCCAAACGUACCUUCCACGUUACCUCGGUGGAGUACCUAGGGAUCAUUGUAUUGGAUAAGGGAUUUAGCCUGGAUAAGCUCAAAAUCCAGGCAGUCCAGGAAUGGCCAACGCCAACCAAAGUCAAGGAAGUCCAAUCUUUCCUAGGGUUUGCUAAUUUCUUGCGCCGAUUUGUUGCCAACUUUAGUCACACGGCUAGACCCUUACAUAACCUGGUCAAAAAGGAUACGCCUUGGAAAUGGGAUACAAAGGAACAGGAAGCAUUCCAAGGACUAAAAGAUGCCAUCACCAACGCCCCCGUGUUAUGCCACGCAGACCCUACCAAGCCUUACUUCCUCGAAACAGACGCGUCUGGUGCUGCCCUGGGUUCUAUACUUAGCCAACGCCAAGAAGAUGGGCGCCUCCAUCCGCUCGGUUUCCUAUCCGAAUCCUUCAAGGGAGCUGAGCAGAACUAUGACACACACAAUAAGGAGCUCCUGGCAAUUAUCCGUUCCUUUGAGUAUUGGCGUAUAUUCCUGGAAGGCACUGCACACCCCAUUACUGUCUUUACGGAUCACCGCAACUUGGAAUACUGGAAAGAGUCCCGGACAUUCAACCGGCGUCACGCACGUUGGCAUUUACUUCUUGCCGGGUACAAUUUCCAAAUAGUCUAUUGUCCAGGGAAACAAUCCGGGAAGCCGGACGCCCUUUCACGCCGCUCAGACCAUGCCGAUAUACCUCCUGCCAACCAGACCAUGCUCCCCAACCCUGUCUUUGCCAACGUAGCGCUAGUCACACCUGAGAAGGAACUCCAGCGCCAAAUUGAGGCCAGCCUAGACCAAGACGAAUCCCUGGAAGAAAUAUUGCAAUUCCUCCAGAACAAGUCCAGGGCACCCCCAUCCAUCAAACGAGCAUUCAAGGAUUACGAGAUGGAGGCCGGGCUACUCUUUUACCAAGGACGAAUCGUGGUCCCUGAUGUCGGAACCCUGAGAACAGACCUACUACGCAUAUUCCACGAUAGCCCACUAGCUGGCCACCCAGGCAGACAACGGACAUUAGAAUUAGUGUCCAGGAACUAUUACUGGCCCGGUAUCCGUGCUGACACCUAUUGGCAUGUUGAUUCAUGUGAAACCUGCCAACGGAUCCGGAAACCCAAGUACGCCUCCAUCCCGCCGCAGCCGCUUGAACUCCCCGUUAGGCCCUGGCAACACGUGUCUUACGACAUGAUAGUAGACCUGCCCAAGGACGGGACCAAUGACUCUAUCUUGGUCAUAGUCGACAGCUUCACAAAGUAUGGGAUUUUUGUCAAAUGUUCCAAGAAGCUGAAGGCACCCGAACUAGCGGACUUAUUCUUGGAACACGUAUGGAAACGGCACGGUAUGCCGGAAAAGACAGUCUCAGAUAGGGGAAGGGUAUUCAAUAACAAGUUCCUUAAGGCACUGUACAAACGCCUAGGCAUUGACCCGCACUUCUUGUCGGCUUAUCAUCCACAAAGCGACGGUCAAACCGAGCGGGUCAACCCCUCCAUCGAACAUUUCCUAAGGGCCUACUCGGGAGUUAACCAAAGGGACUGGACCAAAUGGCUCCCUAUGGCGGAAUUUGCAUACAAUAAUGCCGUACACAGCAGCACAGGCAAAACCCCCUUCAAGGCCCUUUAUGGUUGGGAACCUACCUUAACCCCAUCAAACGUGCCAACCGAUGUCCCUGAAGCAGACGAUCUUGCCCAAACUAUGGAAGCUCAGUGGAAAGAAGUGGAAUCAGCACUCCGGCAAUCCAAACAACGUAUGACAGCCGGAGAGGAGGGAAGCCCAGCGGAAUUUGAAAUUGGAGAAGAAGCUUGGCUAGACGCCAAGAAUGUCAACCUCAAAACACUGAGUCCCAAACUAACGGAGCAACGCUUGGGACCCUUCAAAGUAAUUGAGAAAAUCUCCGACCGAGCUUACCGCCUGGAACUUCCCCCAACUAUGCGAAUCCACAACGUCUUCUAUGUAGGACUUCUGUCUAAAGUCAAAAGGGACAGUAAACGUACCUUUGAAAAUUGUCCCCCACCUGUCACCGUGGACGGAGAAGAAGAAUACGAGGUAGAAGGGAUCACCGAUGCUGAAGAAAGGAAUGGAAAAUGGUUCUUCCGAGUCAAAUGGAAGGGAUACGGGUCCGAGGAAAACACAUGGGAGCCCCGAGAAAACUUAAAAAAUGCCGAAAAAAUUUUAGAAAAAUACGAAAAAGAGAUGAAAAAGAAGGCCCUCGGCGCUGCCAAGGCCCUUAGAGGGGGGGCAGUGUCGUAG